AGCGAAAGCACCAUCCGCACAGACUGUCGGACACCCUGAAAGCAACAAGCUUGACUGGACCGGACAAAACGCCCACUGCAGUGGUGCCGUAUACUCUGAGUAGACGGAGAUAAACGAGGUCCUUUUUUCAGCCUUAAACGUCGGUCUGAAUUCAACUGAAGACAAAAAGAUGUCGGUGGGUUAUAAAGAUGACCAGAACGACUGGGUGACCGUGUGCCUCAAGUACCUGCUCUUUGUUUUCAACUUUCUCUUCUGGAUGGGCGGAGCUGCUGUUUUGGGUGUGGGCGUCUGGACACUGGUGGCAAAGAGCGACUACUUGAGCCUAUUGGCCUCCAGCACUUUUGCUGUGUCAGCAUACAUCCUCAUCUUGGCUGGCAGCCUGGUGGUAGUUACAGGCUUUUUGGGCUGUUGUGCAGUCAUCCGGGAGCAGAGAAGCUGUCUGUCCACGUAUUUCAUCUGCCUCCUGUUUAUCUUCUUGAUCGAACUUGUGGCCGGGGUGCUAGCUUAUGUAUACUACCAGAGGCUGAGUGAGGAGCUGAAGCAGCAUCUUAACCACACUAUGACAGAGAACUACGCUCAGCCAGGAAAGGAGGCAGUCACAUUUGCGGUUGACAGUCUACAACAGGAUUUCAAAUGCUGUGGCAGCAACAACUCUCAUGAUUGGACUGUGAGCAAGUACGUUGUGUCAGGGCAAGCAGAAGGCAGGGCGGUACCUGACAGCUGCUGUAAGACCAUCACACCUCACUGUGGAAAGAGAGACCACCCCUCCAACAUCUACAAAGUGGAGGGUGGCUGCAUCACUAAGCUGGAAAAGUUCCUUGCAGAUCACCUGUUGGUUAUCGGUGCAGUGGGGAUAGGAGUGGCCUGUCUGCAGUUGGUCGGGGCACUCUUGACAGCCUGCUUUAUCUAUCUGCUCUAUAAAGAAGAGGAAGAGGACUUUGGUGCAUUGUAAUUUGGCUCUAGAGCGCUGCUGGUUUAAUCUAAUGGAGAGGCAAGAUAUGUGGAAUGGUGUUCACCUGCUGCUUGUACAGAAGGAUCAAGAUGGACCCUUACUGAGCACAACAUGACCCCUGCACACCACCUUCAACAGAUGGAGCAUGACCUGCUGACACCUAACCAAACUUUAAAUCCCUGCAUUGUGAUCUGAUGAUCUAAACGUUGGACACACACGAUAGAAACUCAGGCUCAUGAGUUUCUGUUACCUGGUCUAGGCUGGAUGUUUUUGCAUGCUUUAAUUUGAACAUGACUAAAAAAAGGGAAAGGCUUAAUUUGUGUGGUAUUCUAUGCAACUCAUGAAGGUGCGAAUUUAAUUAUGUUUUUAAUUAGGAGAUUUAUAUAGGAGUGUUUCGACAAUUCCAAGUCGAAUAGGCUGAGUAAGAGCACAGAGUACAAAGGAGGAAAGUUAUGUGUGAGUUUCUGUCUUUUGUAAACACAAUGUGCCUCUUACAUAAUUCUACUGGUAAAUAAUUAUGUAUAAAUUCAGUGCCUGAAGUCUUGAAAGUGAGCUGUCAAUACACUGUGAUAAACUGCAGCAAAUGAACGGGGUCAUGUUUAUAUUUGUAGCUUUGUCUUUAAUUCUAACAUGUUGGCUGAGUGAUGGUAAUCAAAAUAAACUUUGCAGUAUCAAUAAUGCUCAUAUGUAUGGCUACAAAAAAGAAAAAACAAUUUUAUUCCAUUUAAGAAAGUGAUAAUUCUCUGUAAAGGCUGCUAAAUCUCUGAAUUUAGAGCUCCAUCUAGUGGUCAGCAUAGGUAACUUGAUUUGAGGAUGGUAGAUGGAACUGUUCAUCUUUUGUGAACUUUAAGCUUUUAAUACUGCUGAUAUUAAUAUUAAUUAUAUAUUAAUUAAUAUUGCUGAUUGAUUUGGUCUUUAUAUUGUGUGCCUCACUUCAGAAGCCCCCCCCCCCCAAAACCGCUGCUUUACACUGAUGAAUGUGAGUGAUCUGUGAAUUGAAUACGGUUCUUCCUGUUUUUGCUGCCUAUUAUAUGCCUUGCUACCCUAUUUUUAUUUUUCCUUGUCUUUGUUAUAUAGCCACCAUAAUAUAGAUGUUUUAGUUGCUAAACCGUAGAAAAUGACUGUCUCUAUUUCAGGCUAUUUAAAUCUUCCACCAAAUAUGACGCCAUUCUCAGCACUCCAACUUCUGUAAAGGGACCUUGCAGGAUUUGAGAAAACCUUUUGGAAUUGCUAGAUUUUCGCAAUUAAUAUUCUUAAAAUGUUUUCACCUAUUCCGGUCAUAGCUGUAGGCCAAGACAAUUUGACAAGACUAAUAAUGGACAAACAGUUAUGUAAAAAUGGUCCCAGCUUUUCAUGCAUUCUCUGUAUGAACAACGGCUCGAGGACAGAGUGAACUUUUUAUUCACGCUGUGUGGACCUUUUACUGAGUGCUUGCAGGUGUUUGCCUGAACUCAACUUCAUUACAAUAACACACGAAUCUCAUUGUCUUCUGAAACUCCGUCCUCUGUGAUUGCUCACACCACGCACACUGGAUCAGCAUGAGAAGGAGAAGGAGAGCAGUAAUUGCUCUCUAAACGGCUCUGCCACAUAUUACUCUUCAGGUAUAUAGAAUAUUAAACAUAUUGACUAAUCGUUCACCAGAAAAUAUAUUUUGUAAUAUAAUAUUAUACAGCUCCGGCACAUGUUUUAUUCAUGCUUAUCACAAUUUGAACAACAGUGAAAUUUAAUCUUGGGCCAUCGUUGGUACUUCUGGAACAGCUCGACUUAGCAGCUGUCUUCAGGUCGUGAGACAGCAUGUCAGUUAGAUUCAGGCUAGAAAUCUGACCUCAUCAUCCCAUAACCUGAAUUUCAUUCAUUUUCUGACAUUUUUUUGUUGAUUUACUUGUGCGCUUUUGGUAUUACCCAACUUUUUCUAUGCUCAGGUUAUGGGCUGCUGCCUCCAUUAUGAUGCAUAACAGCUGGAAAUAAGUUUUGGUGUUGUUGUGCGCCUUUUUUCUUUUUGUCGUGCCGUCUCUCCCAAAAAAUUCAACUAUCAUUUCAUCUGUCUGUUGUGGAUUAUCCAGCUGGUGUUCAGAAAUUCUUUUAUAGGCUCUUUCUGCUGUAUGAAUCAUAAUGUCUUUUUUCUACCCUCCAAGGUUUGUUGAAAGUUGUCAAAAAUGAAAGGAAUGGCGUGUCUGGAACUAACACUUCUUUUCUCAUGUCCUUAACUAAAACAUCUGACUCCAAGUAACUUUUAGACAAGUCAGGAGAAGAGGCAUUUACUGUAGCACUUUAAUUAAAUUUGAUUAUCCUUGUCUAAAAGUGAAGAUGAGAAAUUAAAGGACAAAUCCUGAAAAUUUCAUAAACUUUUUUCCCCCCCCACUGGCAUGUUGUUUUCCUGAUUAAAAUUUUGGGUGCUUAUGUAUGUAACUGGUUGUUGAUGAUAUGACACUGGCACGUGCUUCAACUACUGACUGUUUUCUUUGAAAUGUGGAUCUAGAACUUAAAAAUAAAUGUUUAAAUGUUGCAUUUAAA